CCAGGGUCUGUGCCUUCCCAAUAACCCCUCGGAAUUGGGGGAUGGCUUUGUAAAGUAUACAUAAUUGAAUCCAUUUUUAAUGAACUUAGCUAGUUUUCAUCAACAAAUAGCAACUCAGUUUAAUUAUCUAAUACUACACGGAAGUGAUACAUGCAUGCCUGGAUACAGUUUAAUCCAUUUAAAUGUUUGAAAACUCUGAAAUGCGUUGCAGUCAUUAGCUAGCUUGCUUGUUAGCAGGCUAGCUUGUUAACAUUGCUGGUCUGAGUGAAACGAUAGCUAGCUAGCUAACUAUUUAGCUCGAAUUCAGCCUCGCGAUUUCUUUUGCAUAAUCAUUUUUUCCAUUGUUCGUCAUGGUUACAACCACAAUGUCAAUUUGGUUUAAUGUGCGGAAAAUUUAAAUAAUGUGGACAGUUUAAACGGAAGUCUGAAGAAGUGAGACCGGGGGUACAUCUAUAAGAUUAAUUUCUGUUAUUUGGCAGUGAUGCUCAUUUCUGGCUUUAGUACUGUUACUUGUGUGUUAAGAAGUGGAGCACAUGUCAGGGAUGCAGAAUUAAGCUGGCAAUGCCAUGCGUGGACUAACGAUCCCAUUGGUUAAUUCCUGGCGCUCGCCCUUCAGUGGACAGGUCUGGAUGAGUGACGCUUAACGAGAUGUGACAGGAUGCUGCACCAUCACUGUCGAAGGAACCCUGAGCUGCAGGAGGAGCUGCAGAUCCAGGCCGCCGUGGCCGCCGGGGAUGUCCACACCGUGCGCAAGAUGCUGGAGCGGGGCUACUCCCCCAACAUCCGCGACGCCAACGGCUGGACCCUGCUCCACUUCUCCGCCGCCAGGGGGAAGGAGAGAUGCGUCCGCGUCUUCCUGGAGCACGGAGCCGACCCCACGGUGAAGGACUUAAUAGGCGGCUUCACCGCCCUGCAUUACGCGGCCAUGCACGGGCGAGCGCGGAUCGCCCGCCUCAUGCUGGAGUCGGAGUACCGCGGCGACAUCAUCAACGCCAAGAGCAACGACGGCUGGACACCGCUGCACGUGGCGGCGCACUACGGCCGGGACUCCUUCGUGCGGCUGCUGCUGGAGUUCAAGGCGGAGGUGGACCCGCUGAGCGACAAGGGCACCACGCCGCUGCAGCUGGCCAUCAUCCGGGAGCGCUCGUGCUGCGUGCGCAUCCUGCUGGACCACUGCGCCAACAUCGACAUCCAGAACGGCUUCCUGCUGCGCUACGCCGUCAUCAAGGGCAACCACGCCUACUGCCGCAUGUUCCUGCAGCGGGGCGCCGACACCAACCUGGGCCGGCUGGAGGACGGCCAGACGCCUCUGCACCUGUCGGCGCUCCGCGACGACGUGCUGUGCGCCCAGAUGCUCUACGCGUACGGCGCCGACACCAACACCCGGAACUACGAGGGCCAGACCCCCGUGGCCGUGUCCGUCAGCAUGUCCGGCACCAGCCGGCCCUGCCUGGACUUUCUACAGGAAGUCACUAGACAACCAAGGACGUUGCAGGACUUGUGCAGAAUAAAAAUCCGACAGUGCAUAGGCCUUCAAAACCUCAAGUUCCUGGAGGAGCUGCCUAUCGCCAAGGUCAUGAAAGACUAUUUAAAACACAAGUUUGACAGCGUCUGAUUCCACCCUGCAAAGUCGGGCGAGACUGCCAAGCUGCUGCUCUGAUGACUAUGCAAGUGCUGUUUCUAUUUCUACGCAAGACCUCAGAGCACAGAUAGAGUUUUUAUAUAUAACCCUGCAAAGUCUUAGUUGAUUUUAACAUGUUUAGCACCAGAUUACUUAAUUUAAAUGUGUUUAAGCGAUGGCAUCUUUCUGAUGGGCUGGUGGAAAAAUUGCAUAAGAACACGUUUCCCGUUCGAGUGAAAAUAUACCAGGUGGUGGGCGCACUGAAUUAUGAAAUGAAUAAAUAAAUGAUUGAGUUUGAGAAGUGAAGAAACGAUUUAGAAGUGGUGUUGGGAAAGUGAAUGGAUGAAAAAAAACUAUCAUUAGUUUGAGGCUGGCCUACAAGACUAGAUUAAUUUUGAGUAGAACAAAAUUUGAAAUGAUAAUUUGCAUUAUUUCAGGCAGUAUUUCAUUACUACUGUUCUCGUUUCUUUAAUCCAUAAAAAAAAUGCAUUCAGUUAGAUAGGACUUAGUCUUAAAUUAGGCCCAGAUUGACCCAUAAAUAAAGGAUAUACUUUAGUUCUCUGACACUUUAUAUUGCUCACUUUUCAACCCCAGAAUUUGUCUCUGAAUAAGCCUUACUACAGAAUUGUUGAAAUGUUUCUGUCUGUUAAAAAUGUCCAUGUAUUCUGUCUGCUUAAAGGGGGAAGCUCUGUUUAUUUUCUGUGCAGUAAUUCUAAAGGCAAAGUACCUGCAGCGCCUCUCGAAAUGAACUGCAUUUGGCACUGUUACAAGGGGAAGAGAGCACCAGGCGUGGUGCGUUAGUGCCCAGCAAGCUUUGCUUUUGUAUUUUCAGUCACCCAGCAUGUCACGCACUUAAAUAUUGAAGUCAUUCAGCCUAGCCAAACAUACAGGGCAUUACUGUCACUGGAUCAAUAACUUUUCAGUGGAAGGCUCUGUGCCAGACAGACAUUACCAGAAGCGAAAGUUUAAGAUUAGUUUGUUAAGAUGAAAGUAUUAAAUUGAAACGAGCAUCCACUCCCUAAUAAAAAGCUACAGGCCAAUGUGUUUGAUACUGGCUUAGCACAGACUGCACCCCCCGACAGGACAAAACAACUGCUUUCGGUACUAUAUUUGUCAUUUUAUGGGUUAUUUGCAAGUGGGCCAGCUGUUUUGAAAUGAUUCCAGCUCAGAUUCUAGGAAGAUUUCCUGGGGGAAUAAAAAGCUUAGACACCAGGUGGUAAUACAUAUAAAACAUGUUUUGUUAUUUUACAUAGAAAACCCUUUAUGUGUUACCUUUCAUCAAUGAAGAUUAAAAGUUCUCCACAGUCUUAACAAAAUUAACAAAACAGCAGUUUAUCUGCACAGAAAGAAAACACUAAGCAUUGGAGGUGUUUCUGAAUCAUAAAAUUACAUUAAUAUUUUGCAAUUAUUUUACAGUGUACAGAAAAGCAUAAUCGUACAAAAGAAAAAUGUAAAUAUUUGUGUCAUAUGUACAGCAGAUAUUUUUUUAAAGUAAUUUAAAAGUUAUAUCGCGUAUUAAGUGUUUGGAAUAUGUUUAAAGGUCUCGUGCUUUGUUUUGAUGUAGCUUGUGCAGUGUCUUUUCUCAAUGCUGACAUUUUAGAAGUGGAAGAAUCUGUUGCAUUAAAGUGGGAAUCAAAAAACAUUUUUUAUUUUAUUUUAACGGUAUAACGUAGGGGGCAUUGAAUGAGCUGCAGUAGCCUUUUCUGAGAGUUAAUAUUAUGUGGUGCAACUGAAAAUGCCCUGUAUAUUUUCAGAUAUCUUUAAAACAUUUUUUUCUUUUUGUAUUCCAAACACCCUUUUCAUUGAUUUAAAGACCAAACUGUGAAUCUUAUAAGAGUUCUACUUUCAGAGAAUUAUUUUCCACCAAAAACCAAAACCUAAACUUGAUUUUUAAAUAUAUAUUUUCCCUAGAGUGUUCACAUGCGUAGUCAUUUUUGCUUAUUAAAAACAUUUUGCAGAAACCAUUUUAUAAUAUUUCAGCCUGGAAUAUUUGUGCAAAGGCCCAAUCGUAAACUCCGAUCUCAUACCCCCUUUGUUGCUUUCCCACAAUAGCACUCUCUCCAAAGGUCUAAUUAUUCUGGCCAUAGGAAUAUUGCAUUUAACUGAAUGAGCACUUGCUAUUAGUUUGUACUACGAAUACUACUUUACACGAUCACCAGCUGCCUUUUAUGACUGCUGUCAGUGAUUUUGGAAAUGCGGAUCAUUCCUUAGUAACUCAGUGAAAUCACAGAAAUAACGUUGCCUCCAUCUAUUGGACAGUAUAACAGAAUGUCAUGAGACGGGUAAUCGUUUUUACAAACACCCAUUUUAGUUAAAUUCCUGUGGAAAGUUACGGAACAGUCUUGGUAGUGUUGCAGUCCUGUUUUACAUUGCAUAACUGUUUUCCGUGUCAUAUGUUUCUGUCAGAAGUUGUUUAUUUGUUGUAUGUGUGCAAACCCAUGCAUUGUGUGGAAGAACCGUUUAAAAGAAGUAAGGGCAAAUAGGUUGACAUAUUUUCUUUGCGGAUUUUUUCUUUUUUUUUUUUUUUUUGGUCAGAGAGGUCACAGGUUUCACAGUUCUAUACUAAUAAAGAAAUUAAUCAUCUCUUGUAGUUUCAAAGUCUUCCAAACCAUCAAUGACUGUUGGGCUUGAAGAAGGAAAUGUUGGGAACGCGCUGUUUGCAGACUGUAAACUGUAAAAAUGUGUGAAUAAAAAAAGACAUGUAA